AUGUUGUACAAUUUGCUCUGCGGCGUGUCUAACGCACCGCCUGAACGGCCACCAGGAGCAACCUACCGAGUGGCUCCGGGUGAGCACGAUCUCUUGGAGGUGGAUGGCACCAAGUCCUAUAUUGGUGUGGACAGAGUCUUCAUUCGUGAUGGCUGGAAUCCCUACGGCGUUGCCAAUGGCUAUGACAUUGCCCUGCUGCGUCUCAAUUCUCCUGCCUAUGACAAUGGGUUCACUGAGCUGGGAGUGCUUCCACCUGAAGGAGGAAUUUUGCCCAAUAAUUAUCCCUGCUAUAUUACCAGAUGGGGGUUGGUUAGUGUGCAGCAGCGCGGGCAGACUGCAGGAGGUGAUGCUGCCGGGAUCAACCAUAAGAUCUGCUCCCAGAACGACUGGUGCGGACCUCAAGCAAAAGUCACUAUGAUCUGUGCAGGUGGAGAUGGCGUGAAGUCCGGAUGCAGUGGGCACUCUGGGGGCCCUCUCAGCUGCUACAAAGACCAUCAAUGGCAAGUCCACGGGAUUGUCAGUUUUGGGCUAGUUCCUUACUGUAACACCUACAAGAAGCCGACAGUCUUCACACGUGUGUCAGCCUACGUGGACUGGAUCUACAGC